CAGGUCACAGUACUGUUCACACCAGGGAUUUUCGGAUUCGCAAAUAGACCAGACGUUCUGCUACUACAUGGGACAACGGCCGUACCCGCCAUGGCCACGCACGUACUCAGAUGACUGCACUGGUACAAACGACUGUCUUUUGCCACUCGACAUCGCAUUGUCGAAUGUUCAGAUUAAUCACUUUGAUUUCGUAGUUGAGACUGAGAUGGCCAUGGUCGAUAUCGGGUAUGUGCUGCAAUGGAAGGACUCGCGCUUGUUCGGGUCAAUGAUAAAUACACCUGGCGAUGUAUGGCAGCCGCAGUUGGUAAUAGACAUGAAGUAUAUCGAUCAGGACGGUACCGUUCGUGAGUUACAGCUCAUCUCGAGGACUAGCAAAGCACAGGAUAACACGAUACAUGUGUCGCCUGCCCAGUGUACCGAGAAGGAGUUGGAACUCAUCUCUCAGGGCCAAGACGUGGGUUGCUGCAAGGACGAAGGGGCGUGCUUGGGAUCGUCUGCGUUCCAGAGCUUUGUGAACUGUCCGUCGUUUGACGAUUGCACUGUCCAAGUGUCGCGUGUGAUGAAGGUGGUGGCGAAGAUCCCCAAGGUGGACUAUUCCGAUUUCCCAUUCGACCAGCACAACCUGCAGGUGCACGUGUAUGUGGCGAACCCCUACAAGAGCGCCGAGGACGAGUGGUGGAGCAAGAACAACCCCAAAGCACCCGCGAUUAGUCUGGCCGACUACGGGUUCAAUAUCGCCAAACAAGCGACCGACAAUACCUACACCGUGUGCAACGGGUCUAUCGCUCGCUCUAUGCAGAACCUGCGGGUGGGUGGGUUUGACGUAGACCACGUGUGCAGUGAGAUGACUGAUACACCGCUGGUAGUAGCGCUGAACAAAGCCGAAGCAGACGGGACCUACGCAUCGAUUCCCACCUACGCACUCACCGACGGCAUGGGCGGUGUCGUGAUGGAUGUCACAUUCUCGCGCCAGUCAACCUAUGUCAUCCGUUACUUUGUGUUCCCCAUGUUGCUCAUUGGCCUGAUCACGUGCACCCAGCCUAUGCUGAACGACAACCUGGUGGAGCAGGUGGGCGUGCGUGUGGGUAUGGCGGGCGUUGCCAUCCUCACCGCGCUCUCGUGCUCGUACGAUGUGACCCCCUUGUCCGCCAGUGCGGAGCAGUUGACCACAGUAGAUAGGCUGUCGAUCAUUACCAUGGCCUUCGGAGCUCUGGUGGCUAUCCAGUCUCUCCUCGCGUACGCCUUGUGGCGGAACGACGACUGCAACCGAAUGGAGCCGUGGACAUGCUGGCGUGUGCUGUGCUUCGACUACUUUUCACUCGUUCUCUUUGUGGGAGGUUAUAUCUACUUUGUGCUGCUGUUCACCUUCAUGGCUACCAGUGGUACUCUCGCGCUCGUCUUCGGCAUAGUGGCGGGCCUGAUGCUGCUCGGGGCACUGGGUGGAAUGGCCUGGGGCCUGAAGAAGUGGUCCGAUGAGAUGAAGAUACCCCCGUCUCUGGCGAAUUACAAGGGAACAGCUGGUGCGGGUGGUGGUGCCGAUGGCAAGAAGGGCGAAGGUAUGCUGCGUCCAUUAGACACGGCAAACUCGCAGAACGGGCUCGUGAAGUCAAGCUUACAGUCGUCGAUGAGGCCCAGCUACCACGAUGUGGACUCGGUGCAUACCACUGGCGCUAUGCAAGAGGGUAGCCAGGACUACUACGGAAGCCAGGCUGAUAUACCUCAGUACGAGCAGGAGCAGUACGACGAUGGUGAGUACAGUUACGGAGAUGGCCGGGAGCCCACGGAUGCGUCGGAUAUCGAUUUCUACAGCAAUGAGAGUGACCACCGUAUGGGUUAUGGUGCUGAUGGGUCCUAUGCGCAUAAUGCAGCGUAUGCAUAAAAGCUCGUGUCAUGAGCUCCGCGUGUGCUGUGGCUAAUGGUUUGUUAGGAUACUAGAUUCGCAGGUGUAUACUUUGAUGCAUAUAUAUAUAUAUAAAAGAUAAAGAUAUCUUUCCUACCC